CUCACCUGAUUUACAUUCAAGGUUUUAUUUAUUUAUAUUUAGAUAGUUAAAUAAAGGCGCCACGUGCAGCAUAGCGCUACCAGACUGUUCAAUUAGAAUGUACUAUCGGCAACACACUUACAAUCUACUAUCGAUAAAUAGUCAGUAGUUGCAAUCCUGUACAUGAUAUCGAUGUGACGACUCGUAUCGAUUUAUGGCAACAACCGAUGAGAAAGAAGAGGCAAUUUUUCGCAACGCGCAACAAAAUCGGUGUUAAAUUGAUGUAAAAAGUGUGAAAAUAAUAUAAAAAUAUAAGCUAAACAACAACCAAACACUGGAAAUGUGCAACAAAAUGUGAUGUUUGUUAAACUAAACAACCGCAACGCGGCCAAAUUGCUAGUGCAAAUCUGACCCCAUGAGCAAUGAGAGAGGAAGAGAGCAAGAGAACAUACAGGCAAACAACGCGUCACUGAAUAAGUUCACGAAUUCAGCCAACAGCAGCAGCAGCAGCAGCAGACGAGACUUUGAAGACGUUGGAAUUUGUGUUGAACCCGCGGCAGCCCGACGGCGCUGCGACUGCGACGCCGACGAACACCUCUAGCAGUCAGCAAUAACGGUAGACGAAACAGAAGAGAGCAGUGAUAUUGCAACAACAACAAUAACAAAUGACAUUUAACUUGUUAAAGUGAAACUGCGCGCAACAACAACAACAACAACAACAACAUCAAUACAAAUAAAGAAGUGGGUGAGCGGCGGCAACAAUAAGAGCAAAACUGUGAUCUCUCAUCUGGCAAUUGUUCAAUUGGCUGUGCUUGAAACGAUAUAGAAUUUAUUUAAUACCCGUAUUUGUGUGCAUUACAAAUUGUUUGUUCAAUUUCCAACUGGAAAAUCAAUUUUUAACAUUGCCCAAGGCGGCCAACAAACACCAGCAGCAGCAGUAGAAGCAGUUGUUGUUAUUGCUGGCGUCAGACCCAACCCAAAACAAAAAUUGAGCGUAAAAAGAAGAGAGGGAGCCGAAGAAGAAGCAGCAGCAGCAGCCGGAUUUGCAAAUAAACUGCAACACACACACACACACACACCUUAACAAAGUGAGAGAGACAGAGAGAUAGAGAGAGAAUGGCGUACCGCAAGCCAAGCGAUUUGGAUGGCUUCAUUCAACAGAUGCCAAAGGCGGAUAUGCGCGUCAAGGUACAAUUGGCUGAAGAUCUGGUGACAUUCCUCAGCGACGACACCAAUUCAAUUGUGUGCACAGAUAUGGGCUUCCUCAUUGACAACCUGAUGCCCUGGCUGACGGGCAGCCACUUUAAGAUCGCACAAAAGUCACUCGAGGCCUUCUCGGAGCUGAUCAAGCGUUUGGGCUCGGACUUCAAUGCCUACACAGCCACGGUGCUGCCCCAUGUGAUCGAUCGCCUCGGCGACAGUCGAGACACUGUCCGCGAGAAGGCCCAGCUGCUGCUGCGUGAUCUAAUGGAGCACAAAGUGCAGUCGGCUCAAACGUUAAUUGAUAAACUGGCCACCAGCUGCUUCAAGCACAAGAACGCCAAAGUGCGCGAGGAGUUCCUUCAGACAAUUGUAAAUGCGCUCAACGAAUACGGCACACAGCAGCUAAGCGUGCGAGUGUACAUAACGCCUGUAUGCGCACUGCUUGGUGAUCCCACGGUGAAUGUACGAGAGUCGGCCAUACAGACGCUCGUGGAGAUCUACAAGCAUGUGGGCGAUCGCCUGCGACCGGAUCUGCGCCGCAUGGAUGACAUGCCUGCCUCGAAGUUGGCCUUGCUGGAGCAAAAGUUCGAUCAGGUGAAGCUGGAGGGUCUGCUGCUGCCCUCUGCGCUGCGCAACGGCAGCAGUGGCAACGGACUGGACGAGGCGGACAACAUCUCUGUGCGCGAACGACCCACAAAGAUUGUGAAGCGACAAUUGCACUCGGCCACGUCGUUGCAGCGUCAGAAGCCCACGCCCAAUGACGUUGCCGGCGAUGCGGGCGCCGUGACCAUGGAAAUAUUUGAGGCCAGCUUUGAGCAGGUGCCGCAACUGACUAUAUUCCAUGCCAAGGACAUGGAUGACAUAUACAAACAAAUCUUAGUUAUUAUAAGCGAUAAGAAUGCCGACUGGGAGAAGCGAGUGGAUGCGCUCAAGAAAGUGCGCGCGCUGCUGCUGCUCAACUAUCAGGCGCAGCAGCAAUUUAUGACUGUGCAGCUGAAGGAGUUAUCCUUGGCCUUCCUGGACGUAUUGAAGGAGGAGCUGCGCUCGCAGGUGAUACGCGAGGCGUGCAUCACAAUUGCGUACAUGUCCAAGACGUUGCGCAAUAAGCUGGACGCCUUCUGCUGGAGCAUACUGGAGCAGUUGAUACAGCUCAUCCAGAACUCGGCCAAGGUGAUCGCAUCAGCCUCGACGCUGGCGCUCAAAUACAUCAUUAAGUACACGCACGCGCCUAAGCUUUUGAAGAUCUACACGGAGACGUUGCAGCAGUCCAAGUCGAAGGACAUCCGCUCGUCGCUCUGCGAGCUGAUGGUGCUGCUCUUCGAGGAGUGGCAAACCAAGUCCCUGGAGCGACAUGCUCUCAUCCUACGCGACACGCUCAAAAAGUCCAUUGGCGACGCGGACAGCGAAGCGCGUCGCCAUUCUCGACUCGCCUACUGGGCAUUCCGACGCCACUUUCCCGAACUGGCGGAUCAGAUCUAUGGCAGUCUGGACAUAGCUGCACAGCGAGCACUGGAACGAGAACGUGACGGUGGCAGCUCUAACGGCGCCCAGCAGCGUCCAGUGGCGCCAUCACGCAUCGGACGCAGCACCACAAACACCUUGCAAAAGGCAACGCCCAGCAUGCGCUCCAUCUCCGCCGUGGACACGGCUGCGGCACAGCGCGCCAAGGCGCGUGCUCAAUACACGCUCUACUCGAGGCAAAAGAAGCCGGCGGCAGCCACGAACAGCACGCUGCAUGCUGGAGCUGCUGCAGGCGGCGCAGCUGGCGGUGGUUCGCUGCCACGACCACGUCUUAAUUCCAAUAGCAGCCACCAGAAUGUCUCGCCGGGCACGGUGACGCCUACCACACGCAUUGGACGCACACGCGCUGGCGUCUCACAGUCGCAGCCAGGCUCGCGUUCCACGUCGCCCAGCACCAAGCUGCGUGAUCAUUAUGGCAUGAGCGGCUACUUUAGGGGCGGUGCCACUGGAGCCAUACCCAAAAAGGCCUCCGGCAUACCGCGUAGCACCGCCAGUUCCAGGGAGACGAGUCCCAAUCGCUUGGCCGGCGGCGCAGUGCUGAUGAAGCGCAGCAUCUAUUCAACCGGCUCCAGUGCGCGACGCACACCUGAGCGCAAUAAUCCAGUACGCAGCACGGCUGCAUCUCGCUUGCUGGCCCAAUCCCGUGAAGCAGAAAUCUCGCUGGGCGGCGGCAACACCGGCGAUGGCGAUAUGGCCGACUACGUUUCCGGCGACUUCAUGCGCAGCGGCGGCAUACGCAUGGGACGCAAGCUGCUGGGCCGUGAUGAAUCCGACGACAUUGACUCGGAGGCGAGCUCUGUGUGCUCGGAGCGGUCCUUUGACUCGAGCUAUACGCGUGGCAACAACUCCAUGUCGAACUAUUCGCUAAGUGGCUCACGGAACCGCCUCGACUGGAACACCCAGCGUGCGCCCUUCGAUGAUAUUGAGACAAUUAUACAAUACUGUGCCUCCACGCACUGGGGCGAGCGCAAGGAUGGCCUGAUCAGCCUCACCCAGUAUCUGGCCGAUGGCAAGGAGCUGACGCAACAGCAGCUCCAAUGCGUCCUGGACAUGUUUCGCAAAAUGUUUAUGGACACGCACACUAAAGUCUACUCUUUGUUUUUAGAUACGGUCACCGAGCUGAUACUGGUGCAUGCACCCGAGCUCCAUGACUGGCUGUUCAUACUGCUGACGCGCCUGUUCAAUAAGCUGGGCACCGAUCUGCUUAACUCGAUGCACAGUAAGAUCUGGAAGACCCUGCAGGUGGUACACGAAUAUUUUCCGACGCAGCUGCAGCUCAAGGAGCUCUUUCGCAUCCUUUCGGAUAACACACAGACGCCGACAACCAAGACACGCAUUGCCAUUCUGCGCUUCCUCGCCGAGCUGGUCAACACGUACGGCAAGAGCAGCGACUUUCCCAGCGACCAAAACCAGAGCUGCGAGCGCACCGUCUUGAAGCUAGCUCAAAUGGCCGGCGAUCACAAGUCGAUGGAGCUGCGCUCGCAGGCGCGCCAGUGCCUGGUGGCGCUGUACAAUCUGAAUACGCCGCAAAUGACAAAAAUGCUGGCGGCAUUGCCCAAGGGAUAUCAGGAUACGGCACGUCUGUGCAUACAAUCGAAUAUCCGGCGACAGAGCAGUGGGGCCAACUCGCCGAGCAGCUCGCCGCUGAGCAGCAGCAGCCCCAAGCCGCUGCAGAGUCCGAGCGUGGGACCGUUCUCCUCGCUCAAUAUGCACAUGAAUUCUAGUCCACGCUCACGGCAAUCAUCUGUGGAGCAGGAGGCGAACUAUGGCUUCUCCGAGCUGGAGGUGCAGCACAAUAUACAGAAGACCUCCGAAGAGAUACGUUCCUGCUUCUCUGGCGGCCAAUACCAAUCGCUGGCGCCCAAUGGCUACAACGGACAUCAUCUGCAGUUUGCCAUCGAUCAGCAGCAGCAGCAGCAGCAGCAAUCCGGUCGUGAUUUGACAGCGCAGCAGGACUCGCUGUCAUCGAAUUCGAAGACCCAAUCGUCGGCCAAUACCACGCAAUCGAAUACGCCGGAAUCGGCAACGAUGCGACUGGAUACGGCGGCGCCACCAGCACAGCCAACAGCUAAGAUUUCACUGCUCGUUGCGGAGAAUGGGGAGCUGAUACUGCCCGGCAAUCUGCACGAGAGCGAGGUGAUGCGCGUCGCAUUGACACUCAGCAAGGAGCAGUCCGUGGAGCAGCUGCAAACGGCGCUCGCCAAUCUGGGCAUCUGCAUACGCGGCGGCAACUGCGAGCUGCCCAACAAGCAUUUCAAAUCGAUAAUGCGCAUGCUGCUCCACAUGCUGGAGGCGGAGCACACGGACGUGAUCAUCUCUGGCCUGCACGUGCUCAGCAAGAUUGUGCGCAGCGAUAAGAUGCGGCACAAUUGGCUGAACUUCCUCGAGCUGAUCUUGCUGAAGAUCAUGAACUGCUAUCAGCACAGCAAGGAGGCGCUGCGCGAGAUCGACACGAUGAUACCGCGCAUAGCGCCGGCUCUGCCCCUAGAUCUAACCAUUAACAUUGUGAAUCCGGUGAUUGCGACUGGGGCCUUUCCAGCCAAUCUGUGCGCCAUCAAAAUUCUGCUCGAGGUAACCGAACAGCACGGCACCGAGAUAACAGAUGCUCACUUGGAUACAGUGUUCCCGAAUCUGGCACGAUCGGCCGAUGACCUGCAGUCGAUGGUGCGCAAGGCGGCGGUCUUCUGCAUUGUCAAGCUCUAUCUAGUGCUCGGCGAGGAGAAGCUCAAGCCGAAGCUCUCGGUGAUGAAUCCCAGCAAGGUGCGUCUGCUCAACGUGUACAUUGAGAAGCAGCGCAACUCCAGCAACAAUUCGGGCGGCGGCUCCACCAAGAACUCCUCGGCAGCGUCCUCCUCAUGAUUGCGAGCCAGCAUCCAAAGCUCUUCACACACACACACAACACACACCACACACAAAGACAC